AUGGCGUUAAAUGAAAAAGUAUUUGAAAAUCCACCAGAUUAUGAUGAUUUACGAACAACUGUAGAACCUUCAAUUCCUCCUCUUGAAUUAGCUUCAUAUAAUCUACCGUCAUUAAGUCGUUCUAUUGAACAAGGAAUACAAGCUGAUGAAAUUAGUAUAAAAGAAAAGUGUUCUUUCAACUGCUUAAAAUGGAUAAUCUUGGUUUUAAGUUUCAUUUUAAUUGGUUUACUGAUACUCUGCAUAGUUCUGAUUAUUUUAUUUGUAAUGAAAUCUCGUUCAACAAACAACGCAUCGGCAAUAUUAACGGCAACCUCGACGACGACGACGACGACAACAACAAUAACAACAACAACAUUAAAUCCAAGUUGCGUGACUGGCAAGGCAUUAAUAACAUUCGAUGAUCUAUCGCUUAAAUCUCAAGAACUCAUACCAAAUGGUUAUCGUAAUAUUAAUUGGGAUAAUGCCGAUAUUGCGCUUUCUAGUGAUCCUGCAAUUGGAGGAAGUGGCAUGGUAACAGUUAUGAUCAGCGGAAAUGCUGCAGCAUUCAAUGAACGUGCCAGUGCACUGACUAUAAAAGGUACGAAUGGUAGUCGUUUUACUCUAUAUUCUGGUGCAUUUGCCGCAGUCUGGUCUGAUAAUUUACAAUUACAAGUAGUUGGAUAUCGUUCUAAUACAAUCAUUGCCAAUAAUAUUUAUACACUUCAAGUCUUCAAUGUGUCAUAUAUAACAUUUGACGGAUAUUCCAGACUUGACUCAGUUGUGUUUUCAACAUCGGCGGGAACACACAAUUUAGAUGUAGUGGGUAGUGGCAGGCACUUUGGGAUGGAUAAUCUUUGCUUAACUUUUCCAUAA